AUGCUUUCAAAUGGCAAUUCAAAAUUUAUACUAACAGCAGCUGCAUCUUUAGCAGUGGGAAUUUUUAUCUGUAAAAAAUCUAAUAUUUUUAAAUCAUUUAAUAAACCAACAACAUUAAAUAAAACAAUUGAUGAAGAAUGUGGUGAAAUAAGUUCAGGAGUGACUACUUCUACAGAUAGUACUUUAAAAACAAUAACAUUAGAAAAACAAGGAAAAAGUUUAGGAGAUCGAUCAAAACAAUUACGAAAUGAAAGAGAUCAUGAUAAUAAAAAGAUAGAAAAGUUUAUGUCAUCUUCUAAAUCUCUAUAA